CCGCCAAUAAAAAAACAAUCCAGAAGAAGAAGACAAAGAAGACGGUAGUUGAUCCCAGGCAACUGUGUAUCUACAUCACCCGGAAUGCUUCUCCACCUUUUAACUUCCACCCUUCCCCUAAUAACUCCCCACUCCCACCAUUUUCCUGAACUCUUUCAUUACUGACUUUUUCUCAUCAUCAUUGCGGGGUAGCUAAAAUUAGCAGCAGUCAUGGUAGAUGUCAGUAAAUGGCCACUGUUCUCUCUGCUGAGCAGCGAGGUGCGAGCCACAGUCCGCCAGGCCUGUGUCUUUGGGACAUCGGCGAACGAAGCCAUCUACGUCACUCAAGAAAACGACGUGUAUGUAUUUGGUCUAAACUGCAGUGGCUGCCUUGGGACAGGUGACAGUGUGAGCACUAUUGUGCCAAAGAAACUGGACUUCCUGGAGGGAAAGAAGAUCGUCAGCCUCAGUUACGGCAGUGGACCUCAUGUGCUGUUGGCGUCAGAAGAUGGUCAGCUGUUUGCCUGGGGUCAUAAUGGUUACAGUCAGCUAGGGACCGGCACAACCAACCCGGGAUUUUCAGCCGUGGCGAUCACGACGAACCUACAGAACAAGAAAGUGAUGGAGGUGGCAUGCGGCUCGCAUCAUUCUCUGGCUCUCACUCACGACGGAGAGGUGUUUGCAUGGGGUUAUAACAACUGUGGCCAGGUGGGUUCAGGCUCUACAGCCAACCAGCCGUACCCAAGGAAAGUCUGCAGCAGCCUGCAGGGCAAGACUGCAGUGAGCAUCACAUGUGGACAAGCAUCCUCCAUGGCUCUGGUUGACAACGGCGAGAUUUACGGUUGGGGCUACAAUGGAAACGGGCAGCUAGGAACUGGGAACAAUGGCAAUCAGCUUUCUCCUUGUCGCCUUACUACGCUUCAAGGGUUGUGCAUUCAACAAAUUGUUUCAGGAUACGGACACUGCUUGGCCCUAACAGAUGAAGGACUACUGUAUGCCUGGGGAGCAAAUACUUAUGGUCAACUAGGAACUGGCAAUAAGAACAACCAUCUCAGUCCUGUGCAAAUCAUGGCUGACAAAGAAAGGGUUGUAGAGAUCGCAGCAUGCCACUCGACACACACUUCAGCAGCCAAGACUUCAAGCGGCAAGGUGUACAUGUGGGGUCAGUGUCGAGGCCAGUUGAUCUCGCGUCCUCGCCUCACCCACCUCAGCAGCAUGGAUGAUGUGUUCGCCUGCUUCGCUACGCCCCCUGUGACGUGGCGCCUCGUGUCUAUGGAGCACGAUGACUUCAUGACCAUUUCCGAGGCUCUCAGGGAAGAGUUUGACUGUCCAGACACUGCCGACCUCAAGUUCAGCGUUGAUGGAAAAUACAUUUAUGUUCACAAAGCUGUCCUGAAGAUCAGGUGUGAGCAUUUCCGCUUAAUGUUUCGCUCCCAGUGGACAGAAGAUCAGCAGGAGGUGAUCGAGAUCGUCCAGUUCUCAUAUCCCGUCUACAGAUCCUUCCUGCAGUUCCUCUACACAGACACUGUCGAUCUGCCACCCGAGGACGCCAUCGGCUUAUUGGAUCUGGCUACGUCUUACUGUGAAAACCACCUGAAACGUCUGUGUCAGCAGAUAAUCAAGAGGGGAAUUACUGUAGAAAAUGCCUUCACCCUGCUGUCUGCAGCCAUUCGAUAUGAUGCAGAGGAUCUUGAAGAAUUUUGCUUCAAGUUUUGUGUCAACCACAUGACUCAGGUGACUCAGACCACAACUUUCUGGGAAGUAGACGGAGCCAUGCUCAAAGAGUUUGUCAGCCGAGCCAGCCGCUGCGGAGCCUUCAAAAACUGAGCGAUGCUCUUGCCUUCUCGCAUUUUAAACACACGUGUGCUGCAGGUUCAGCACGCCAUAUUGAACUGACAGUAGUUAUCUACGGAUUUUUAAUCAGCACUUUUGGCCAAUUCCUGUGAAGUCAUUCUGAAUGUUCAUAAAUAUGAAUAUUUACAUGCUGCAAGUGUUCUCUACCGCAAUUUUCUUAACCAGUUCUUGCAUUCCACUUUAUUUAACUGCACAAUGCAUGUGAGAAACCGAAAGGGUUAAGCCACAUUUGAAGUUUUAAAUGAUAUCAUCUGAUUAGUGCAGGUCAUUUGGUUGAUUGCUACUGUUCAAGAUAUUUUAAGUUCAAAACAACUGUUUUUGAAUUUUGGACUUUGCUCUGUAGCACCUAAUCUUGCCUGCGUUAUCAAGUCAAACUUGAUUUUUAAAGAGAUUUGAGCGUUUACGUUUAAGGACGUUGCACUAGAAUCUUUACUAAUGUUGUGCGCUGUUACAAUGUUCUAAGCUUCCUUGUUUCUCUGUUAAUGUAUAUGUUUUGAAAUUGAUUUAAGGCAAUAUUUGACAAAACUUAAUACUUGUAGUUAUUACUGUAUUCAUACAGUUACCAAAGAUGGAAUAAGAGUCCUGCUGCCUGGAUGUGCUUGAUAAAACUAAAUGUUAUUGACCAAAUUAAUCUGCAGGAGGACAAAGGAAGAUUUGUUUGUUUCUUUUCUUAAGUUUCCUUUUCUCAAUGAUCUGAAACAAUCUUUAUUUGGAAUGAAUUUGAUCUUGGAGCUUAGUUUAUGUGUUCUGUUUAGGGACUGUUUCAGAUUUAGUAAAGCAGGUCAAUGGGCAGUUAAAAUCAUGAGGUUGAGGUUUACAGUUUUUAUUUUGUCUUGUAUAAAUAUGGAGAUUGAAACUGAAAAUGUGAUGGUUUCCUUAACAUGUUUUUUUUAAAGCUCAUAUUUGCAAACUUAAACACAGCUCUAAAAUUCUUGAGUUGAUUUGCUGUUAAAUACUUGCAAUGAUUUUUGCUUUUUUAUAUCUAGUUUUAAAAUGCUCUAUGUCUGAAUAAAUA